CUAUUGGCUCUUGUCUUCGUUUGCAUGCUGCGAAUUGCUGUGCUGGUUCCGAGAUGGUGUUAGUCGCUGCGGCGCGACACUGAGGCUUGUGAGCUCGGUGAACUUAAUUGCCUUUUCUGCUAAUUGCUGUGCUGCUGCUGCUGGCAUGAUCUCGUCAUGGUCUACGAGCUCACAAGCCUUAAAUUGGCGUCGCUGUGAUGAACGUCGUCACGGAAACAGAAACGGAGUUCUUAUUACAGCAUUGCCUACGAAUCAUUGAGCUUUCCUUCAAUGCUCUAUCUCUCUCGCUUGGACGAGUCUUCGAUUAACUCCGAGGGAUGGAUUAACGUAUCAUCUAAGAUGUUCCGGUAAUUUGAUUAUCACUGCUUGUCUAUUGCCUUGGUUUCAAUCUUAUUGCAUGUCAGGGAAACGAGCUUAUCUCUUGAUGUUCAUUAAAAAAAAUCCUGGCUGAGGCGAGGCAAGGCAAUGCAAGGUAACGUAAGCGUUGAGUGCACGACGAGAUGGCUUCAAUUCUUUGUUGAGCGGAUGAUAAAGUGUCGUGUAACCUUUUACUUGAAUUUUAGUCGAUUCGCAGUCCAGAAGAUAAGUUUUCGUCACUGCUAAAGAUUGGGGAUCAGUCCAGAAGAAAUCCAAGAGGUAUUGGUUCACUGAGGGGUCAACGUCGGAGUCAGUAGUGCUGGUGGAGGGCUUGAGUACCUUGGAGGACGAGACGCCAGAUUCAACGAAUUGUUGUGCUGAUAAAAAAAAAAUUAAAACGGCGGGUGGAGGAGAUUAUCAGAAAGAGAAGAGCUGAGUGAGUGAAUGAUGGUUUCUACAGUUGUUGCCAUUGUGACUUGUCAUCGGUGAAUCACAGACGAUAGUGGAUGGUAUCUGACAUUUGUUUUACUGCAUUCGAAAACUGCUCAAGAAACCUUCGAGAUUUUUUUACCAGGCUAUUGAUUGUUGCGACGCUUGUAUGUGUGUCGGGUGUUUAUUUUUUGGAGAUGGAAAGAACGAAGAGGAUUAGAAAUAGGCGGCUGGUAGUGAGUACUGAAGUGCUUGUUGUAGUGAAUAAGCUGCGGAAGAAAUGGAUGAUCGUUGUUCAAGUGUCCAUUGUAGCUGUGAUUAGCUCUCUGCAUUGAACAGCGACGGCUCUGUAGGUAGUGGAAGUGCUUCCUUUCUUAGCAUGCAUCGUCUAUCCUGACGUGGUUCAUGUUCUAAGAGGGACACUCUAUAUAAGCUUGUGCAUUGUACUCGCUUCAGUACGAAAAGCCCUGUGUUGCUCAAGUGUCAGUUUGUUGAAAAUCGAAUUUGUGUGCACUUCGGUACUCACACUCAACUUUUUUCUUAAGUAGACCUUGCGAUCACUACUCUUCGUAGAGGCGAGUCAAUCUCGAGGUGGAAUUAGUGUAACGCACUGCAAGCGUACCAGAUAUUAAGCACGCCGUUUGGUGCUCACGGGUCGUUGAAAGCAAGCGGAGCGGUGUUAAAAAAUGUAUUUUCAUUUUUCAUGGAUUGCCAUAGGCGUUGUAGUUACGUUAUGUCUUAUACUUGUGUUGAAGCCGAGAAAACCCUUUAUGUCCAACCUUCGCGGUAAGCAUGUAUUUCUGACUGGUGCCUCCAGUGGCAUAGGCUUGGAAAUAGCCAAGCAAGCUCUUCAAGAAGGAGCAUACCUUACUCUUGUGGCUAGAAAUAGUGAAAGAAUGACCAAAGUGGCGAUGUCUUUGCUUAAGGAGCUAGACUGUUCCGAGGAUCGAUUGCUGGUGAAGGCAGCAGAUGUGGCAGAUUACACAGCUAUUUCCACAGCAGUGAAGGAUUCAUUUGACUGGAGGCCCAUCGAUAUAUUGGUUAACAAUGCUGGGGUCACAAUAAGUGGCCUCAUUCAGGACCUGUCUGCAGGAGACUUGCAAACUGUGGUGCAGACUAAUUUUCUAGGGUCAGUGUACGCCUUGCACGCGGUGCUACCCCAGCUCGUGCUGCGAAGCCGCGACCACCCCGUCUCCAUCGUCUUCAUGGGUAGCCUAGCAUCUUUGUGCUGGUUGUAUGGCAACGGAGUGUACACGGGAACCAAGUAUGCCAUCAAGGGCGUAGCGGAGUGUUUGCGCUUGGAGCUUGCGCCUUACAACAUUCGUGUUAGUCUGGUGUGUCCAGGAUUUGUCAACACACCGAUGUUGAAUGCUGCGGACAAUAUGGACGAGUUAAAAGCAGGAAUGCAGGUGGCCUCAUUUUACAACCCAAAUUAUUCUCAACCUGCAGAUACAGUUGCAAAAAUUGCUUUGUCUGGCAUCAAAAGGGGCACUUUUUUGAUCACCACCACUCCUCUGUUAGGCUCAAUACUCAUCAUUCUCACUCGUGGAUAUGCGCCCUCUGAAUCAUUCCUAAGGAACCUCGUGGAAGCCAGUCUUUCUGGCCCAGCAAGGAUCAUCAGUUACCUGUCACAGGCCAAAAUAUACUGGGAUUUGAGGAGGCUUCACCGCAUGUAUCAUGGCAGCCAGUGAUUCGAUUGAGACUCUCACUUUGCAGAAUUGUUACAAGCAUACUACAUACCAUACUGAAAAGGGUGCCCUACGCCAUAUCAAUCCCAUUUAUUUUUGUCACUUAUGAAAGAAAGAGUGAAUUUCUACUAGCACAAGCAAUUGUGUUCACGAGCACAUGCAAUUUGUUCCUACUUUCUUCAAUGUUUUCAUAUGUUCUCUGUGUGGCAUAAUUUAUAUUUCUUCGUAAUGUAGUGAUGCUGUAGUAUUUGGUGAUCUAAUACUGCAGAGAUUCCAAAUCAGUGUCGUAAUUUCCAAUGCCAACCUUCGGCAUUGCAUUUGCUUGUUUCUAUACAUAUAUUAAUACCACUCAAAAUGCAAGAAGUGCAUGCCCUUUCCUCUAA